AUGUCUUCUCUCAACAGAAAUGGAGGACAAGAGCCCUUUAGAGCGGCGUUUCGUGGUGAUGCCCGCGGAGCGGUCGGGGCCCUCGGGUGUCUGUACACCUCAGAAGCUGUGGUCGAUUGUCCGAGAAAUAAUAAUAAACACAUUUUACAAGAAAAUGAUAUUAUUAAACUUGGAAGAUAUAAAUUAAAAGUAAAACAAAUAGUGACGCAAACCCUCAAAAGAGAGGAUUCUCAAAACCCUAAUUCCGAGAUUCCACCCCUCAAACUCGACGACGGAGAACCCCCGCUUUCCUUCGUUGCCUCCAACGACAUGCAGUGCCGGAUUUGCCUGCUGGAGGGCAACCAAGAAGGAGACCCUUUGAUAUCUCCUUGCGACUGCAAAGGGUCAAUUAGAUUUGUUCAUUUGAGUUGCAUAAGACAUUGGAUUUCUGGAAGAUUAAACAUUCAGCAGCAGGAGCAGCAGCAGCAGCAGCAGCAGCAGCAGCAGCAGCAGCAAAAACCCCUCUUCGUCAAACAACUCCUCUGCGAACUCUGCAAGUUCCCCUACCCCGCGGCCAUCAACUACAACAACGGCGAGUCUUUUCUUCUUAUUUCUUUUUUAUUUUAUUUCUUUUAUUCUUUUAUUCUUUUAUUUCUUUUAUUUCUUUUAUUUCUUUUAUUUUGUUUGUUUUGUUUGUUUUGUUUCUUUCAUUCCUUUUUGCCUUUUCUUUCCGCUUUCUUUUGGCGGGCUUGGCGGCGUUUUUCGCUUCUUCUCGAGGGUUUAGGGUUUAGGGUUUAG